UCCCGCCCCUGACAACCAUCACAAAGCCACACACAACAGCAGCAGAAGCACUCACGGUCACCGGCAUGACGGAAAACUCCACUUAAACACGGUAAAAACCCUCUUGAAACACCGUAUAAGCCCUCAUGUGAGGGUAUCGAUCCCGAUGACGUCACGGCGGCAGAGGCGCGCGCCCCGGAGCGGUUUAUUUCCCGCAGCAGGUGUCCUGACGAGGCUUUAACAGGAUCCUGAUAUAUGAAUCUGAAGGCCAUGUUUUGUGAUGGACAUGAAUGGGAAAGGCUGUAACCUGAUGGUUUCUCCGUCCGGCAUGGCUCAGAUAUCUCCGCUGAAGGUCCACACUCCUGCAUCUCUCUAUCCAGAAUCAAACUCAGCUCAGAGUCUCCGCCGGCAGGUGCUCACCAAUGGAAAACUGGGCUUUCCACAGCCAUCCCGAGCUCUUCAUCAACAGGCUCCACAGAUUUCACUCCCAGCAUCCUCCUCCUCCAAACAGUCUGCUCGACAAUGCUGUCAGGACAGCGGUAUGAAAGGUUACAGAAGGGUGUUUGGGUCGUGUGGCAGCUCAAACCUGCAGGUCUCCAGCAGUGCUUUUCUGGUCCAGAGUCUCAGUCCUGCUUCUGCAUCCGUCACACACUCCUCAUCACAAACCUGCCCGCAGAAUACACUCACACUGCCCUUCAAUGACGCCAGCAGGUGUUUGCUCUCCAGAGAGUCUCUGGCCUCCACCACCCUUAGUCUGGCUGAGACUCAGUCUGUGCGCAGCAGUAAACUGGACUGGCCGUACGGCUACAGGGUCCUUCCUCCACUAGGCCACCAAACAGCCAAUCAGUUGUCAGAAUCCACUGUCCCUGAAUCCUCCCUAUCCGAAAGCGUCUCCAACCCUGCAUCUCUCCCUCAUUACCUCUUCAAGGAAGACGGCAGUAGUCCGCGCCUCUCGGCCCGCUCAAAGAAGCGAGCGCUGUCUUUAUCCCCACUAUCGGAUGGUUUGGGCCUGGACCUGAACUCCAUCAUCCGCACCUCGCCUACAUCUCUGGUGGCCUACAUCAUCGGCUCCAGGAUCUCACCAGCGUCCCACAACACCCCGUCCCCACUGCAGGCGGACGUCUGUGGGCAUCUGCUGGGCAUCAGGGGCAGCGGCAUCCCUACAUCCAGCAAACAUAGCAUCUCCGUCAGCGAGAGCCUCCGCAUGCAGCCGCUGGAGGACCAGUUCACCAACCUACUAGUGGAGCAGCAGAUCCUGCCAGACCCACAAACUGCAAAGGCCAGUCAGACCCAUACGCUUCAGUUUGAGGUGUCCAGGAUUGUCCGGUCCCCCAGCCCACCCCGGGGGCCACCACCGCCCUACAGCGCCCACCACCAGCAGCAGCAGCAGCCACGGGUUUUGCAGCUCCAACGGCCGGCGGGGCUUCAGCCGAUGCUGGAGGAGGAGGAAGAAGAGGAAGAGUCCUGCGGCGGGACACACUGCUGCUGCUGGCUGCACUGCGGAGCCAUCUACAGCCACCGGGACGCGCUGGUCAAACACAUCGAGAAGAUCCACGUGGACCAGCGCAAAGGAGAGGACUUCACCUGCUUCUGGGCUGGCUGCGCGCGCAAACACAAACCCUUCAACGCACGCUACAAACUGCUGAUCCACAUGAGGGUGCACUCGGGGGAGAAGCCCAACAAGUGCUCGUUCGAGGGCUGUCAGAAGGCGUUUUCCCGCCUGGAGAACCUGAAGAUCCACCUGAGGAGCCACACGGGUGAGAAACCCUACGUGUGUCCACAUCCCGGCUGCCUGAAAGCCUUCAGCAACUCCAGCGACAGAGCCAAACACCAGCGCACGCAUGUGGACACGAAACCGUACGCGUGUCAGAUCCAGGGCUGUGGAAAGCGCUACACCGACCCCAGCUCACUGCGGAAACACGUCAAAUCUCACUCGCUGAAGGAGCAGCAGGCCCGGAAGAAGUUGAGACGCAGCUCAGAUCUCAGUCAGGACGGACUCAGCGAGUGUUUGACGGUUCAGCCGCUGCAGCACAGCCUCUCCACACUGGACCUGAUUGAGAGCAAGCACCACUCACCCACAGAUGACCUCUACACCGUCUUCACCCUGAACCAGCCGAGCCAAACAAACACCCUGAACAGCCCAAUGCAGAUCGCAGGCGGUCCACAGACUCAUCAAAGUCCUCAUCAGACUCACCAGGCUCAUCAGAUCCAUCAGACUCAGACUCAUCUGACUCACCAGACCCAUCAGGCUCACCAGACUCAGACUCAUCACAUCCAGCAGAUUCAUCAGACUCACCUGACUCAUCAGAUCCAGCAGAUUCACCAGACUCAUCUCUCUCCACAUGGAGCACUGCCACCAUUACAGGGAAACAACAGGUUUCUCAGCCCGAACAGCCACAAAGCUCCGGGAUUCUGCAGUCAGCCCAGGACAUCUGCUCAGGACGGUUUCUCGGCUGUGUUUUCAUACGCCGACUCAGACAAACACAUCUCCUCCUGCUCCGUCAUGCAGACGCCCAUGUUUGAGGACAAUCUCAGCUCGUCGCCUCAGAUCCACAGCAACAUCUCCGCAGUGCUGGACUGCCAGAGCGGCCCUCAAGGCUUUAUAGGAGAGCAGGAGCCCUCAGUGUCGGAGGACAAUUAUCUUCACAUCCCGAGAUGUCCGAGCCGGAUCUCCUGUGUGUUCACUGAAGGCUGAGCGUCUCCGCCACACACUGCAAAAUGCCUUUACCUACAGUUUCUGUCUGGAUUCCAGUCCAAAUACCAGGAAGCGUUUUCUUUCCAGUGCUUCUACAAGAAUGUAUAUUACAUUUCAUUAAACAGCACUUGGGAGAUGUUAGAUACUCAGUGUUGGUCUUUAACUGUACACAGCUCACCAACAAACAACAGAAAGCACUUAUCACAGGAUAAAUGUGUAUUUUAAACAGACAACCUUUAAUAAACCUGUUGAUGCAUCUCUCUCUCUCUUUAUAAUAACCGCACAGGCUUUGAUAUUUGAGUAUUUUCCAGCCUCUGUAUGUAAACAGAUCACAAAUAAGCGAAGCUAUGAAUGAACAGUGACAGCAAAAUGCACUUAUUAGAGAUGAAAGCCAUACUGAUGAUGUGUAAAUAUGUGUACAUAAAGCAUGUGUAGGUUUUAUUUACUGAAAUCAUCUGUGCAUGUAAAUUAUCUUCAUUGUGAGAACCUUCAAAAUCACUGACAGCAACAGUUGUGCACUGCAAAGCUUUAUUGGAUGAUGUUUGGAUCAGUUCCGUGUCUCCAUAACACUGUAGUGCAGGCUAAUAAAACAUCACACUCAUUUACUGAAACCUGUUAUUGUCGAAUCUAGAGUUAUGCUGUAAAGAUUGAUUAUUUGGAAAGCAUACAUUCAUUCAUUUCCCUUCAGCUUUAUUUAUUAGGGGUCACCACAGUGGAAUGAACCGCCGACUAUUAUAGCAUUUGUUUUACACAGCGGAUGCCCUUCCAGCUGCAACCCUGUAAACUUCACACUGAAAUGCCAACUGACCCAGCCGGGACUCGAACCAGCGACCUUCUUUCUGAAAGGCCACAGUGUUAUUCUCUGAGACACCGUGCCGCCCCGAUGUGGCAUUAUAAAAGGAAAUAUGACUAUUGAAAAUGUAUUUGAAAGCUUUUUAUUUAACAGUAGUCUGUCUUUCAAAGCUGAAUGAAUGUGCAAAUCCUCCAUCAGUGUCAACACUAUUAAACACUGCACACACAAUA